AGCAGUAGUAGUAGUAGUAAGGCAGCUACUAUAAAGCUCCGUCAUCGCUGCUGCUUCGUGUUCGACAACUACCACCACCACCACCACCACCACCUCCACUACAAUUACUACUAGCACCGCCGCCGCCGCCACCACAACACUAAGCGUUGGUUGGAUCUGCUCUUAGCUUUUUGUGGAAGCUGCCUACGACAACCACUGUCACACACACACACACACACACACAGUCAGAUAGUCACGCGCACGCACACACACACACACACACACGCAAUUUUCACUCUCCUCAGCCAGUGAAGAAGCUUUCACAUCGGUAGUCAACUAAUUCUGCUUCGCUUUUCCCUUCUCUCCUCUUUAACUACUGCUGCUGUUGUAUACAGAUACAUAUCCACACACACACACACACAUAUAUACACCUACACUUAUACACACAUACUCAUACAUACAUACAUAUAUAUAUAUAUACACAUUUAUAUUAUAUAGUACUGUGUAUCUGUCUAUUCGUCAUUCGCUCUCUCAUUUCUCAUACACACACACACACCUGACGACUGUUUAGCGAACAACUAUUCAUACAACACAUAUUACAAUAUUACAAUAUUACAAUAUAUAGCAGUCUUUUUUCAAAACCGGCAAAUAUCUGCAAAUAGCAGAAAAAAAUUAUAUAUUUUCCUUAUAUUCCUCAAAGUCGGAGAUUUUGUCUUUAAAACAGGAGAAGAACCAUUUAACAGAACAUCAUAUUGAUUCCUCUAUUCUGCCGUCAGUCUCACCUCACUCAUUUCUUGAUAAGAUCUGGGCAUCAAAAGCGGUUCCAUCACAAGAUAACAGUUUCUAAAACUAAAACUUUCUGAAAAGAUUUUUGGAUAUCUGUCAACCAAAUCAACUGAAUCAUGGGUGUUUUAGCUGGUCUUGUACGAUGCCUGUUCAUCCUCUUUAAUUUCAUCUUCUGGUUGUCCGGAGUGGCCAUCCUUGGGGUCGGAGUAUGGAUGGUUGUUGACCCCAACAUCGUAAACCGGUUUGAGAUAACGGUGGAAACGGAAGACCCGUACUUCAGGACAUCCUCCUACAUCUUAAUAGCGUUUGGUGUAUUUGUUUUCCUGGUUGGAUUCUGUGGAUGCUGUGGGGCAAUCCGGAAGAGCAAGUGUCUCCUUGGAUUCUAUUUCUUCUUCUUGCUGUGCAUCAUGGCUGGAGAACUGGCUGCAGGGAUCUUGGCUGCCCUUUAUAAGAAGGAGAUUCUUGGUGAAAACCUGGCUAGUAACCUGCAGAAGUUUGUCAAGACAAAAUACGGCACCGCCACCCACCAAGUUACUUCAGCAACUUGGGAUAUUAUUCAGAUGGAGGGUAAGUGCUGUGGAGCCUUGGGCGCAAGGGACUACAUCAACAGCACAUGGUAUGAAAGCCUCAACAGGACUGUGAAACUGCCUAGGUCUUGCUGUAAGAUGUCAAACAACAACCCUCUGGACCCUGAGUAUGUUGAUGAGAACGACUGCGUUAACAUGGGCUCAGAGUACAACAGUAAGGGAUGUCGAGAUGAGAUGGCAAGCUGGAUCAGUAAGCACUUGGAUAUUCUGAUAGGUGUCGGCUGUGGUAUUGCAGUGUUGGAGAUGUUUGGCUUGAUCGUAUCCAUCUUCCUAUGCCGAGAAACGAACAGAGAGACUGCUUCCUGUUGAUCUGCUAUUGAUGUUGUUGUUGUUGUUGCUGUUGUUGUUGUUGUUGGUGAUAUGUGGCCAUUUUGCCUGUACUGUCGUGUUGAUUCUGCCCCCCCACUUCCAACCCAAACCUUUCUCUCGCUCCCUUCUUCCUUACCAUCUUCCACAAAUUUUAAAAAAAUACAAAAUACACACCGAAAAGAAAAAGAAAAAAAAACAUUUUUUGCUUCAUAAACUUGAAUGUUUCCAUUAUUUUUUUUACUUCCUUUUUUUUUUAAAAGAAAAAAAAAAAACAUUUUCUGGGUCUAAUUUUUUUUACUAAUCCUCCUCUUCCCCUGCUCCUACCCCCAUGUCCCCAGUCUCUCAUUCUCUCCACCCCCAUCCCCUCUUUCCCUCUCUCUUUUAACAUGGCAUCAUAUGUCACUGCUGCAAUACUCUUCUUCUUCUUCUUAUCUUACUCCUACCUCCCACCACCACUAGGAAUUAACAAUACUAACACCAUCAGUACCACCACCACCACCACCACCACCACUGAAAUAACCACUGCUACCAUCAGAAUUAUGCUUCAGAUUUGCCUCACACAUAAACACAUAGAAUCUACCCAAGUUUCUACGGAGUCGACCGACCAUUUUCUCACAUUAAACAGCGACAAUAAUCUAUUUUAUCUAAAUACCAGUAAUUCACUUUCACAAAUGCAAUGGUUAAAUGUUUCAAAAGCAUUGGCAAAAACCACCAUCUUGAUUAAGCAUAUUCUAAUUAACCAGUGGUUAUGCAGAGGUUAUUAAGUAGUAGUUAAGCCUUUUUACUAAGCAGUGGUUGAUGAUGGUGAUGAUGAUGAUGAUAAUAAUAAUCUUCUUACUAAAUAGAGGCAAAUUGAAUUUUCUGAUCAGAAGUUGUUAAACCACUUUGAUUAAACAACAGGUAAAUAUGCAACAGGUAAUCAGAUGCAAAUGAAAGAAAAAUUUAAUUAAAAACAAUUUAAUUAAAUUUAAACAAUAAUUAAUAGUAGAGGUAUCAAACAUGUACCCCACUGCUUUUCCUUUGGAUUCCAAUGUUUUUGACAAUGGCAAUUCCCCCGCCCCCCACCCACCCAAAAAAAAAACACCAUUUCAAAAGAGUUUCAAAUCCCACACUCCUGAAAUUUCUUUUUUUCUGGAAGUUUACAUUUUUUUUUUUUUUUCGUUUUUACUUUUUGUUUUCUUUUGAAUUCCAUGUAGAAAAUACAGAGUUUCUGAUGAUUCUGUGAAA